CUGAAUCAGAGGGUCAUAAAGGUAAUCGAAUGGGUUUAAUAAAAGGAGGAAUGAAAAGGAGAAACGAAAAGGAGGCCAAAAGGGAACAUAAUAAAGGAAAAGGGCUUUUUUGUAAUGACGAAUGUUCAC